UCAUGCAAGGAAGAAUUGAUGAGUAACAGUACUCUAGACUCCACUCUCCAGAGUUCAGUCCUUGACACCUUUCUCACUCACUCACUCUCUCUAUCUCUCUCCCAAUCUCUUUUCAAAUCCCACUUUUUAUGUCCUAACACAUUGCCCUAUCUCACCAAAUGCAUCUCGUCAUCAUUAACAUCUAGUGAACAAAAACGGGAAGUGCCUCACAAAUCAAACCCUCAAUAGUGUAGUGUGUCCUUUUCCUUGUCCUUGUGUCUCAAAAAAGAAGUUAAAUAUCACCAUCACAAAUUUCAUUUUCUCUUUGUAGAAACAAAUUAACCAUGGAAGAAGUUUGGAAAGACAUAAACCUGUCUUCAUUGAAUGACCAAAACACACGACCCAUGAUAAUGAGUACUCGUAAUUCCACUUUUGGUGGUGGUGUUAUCCUUCAAGACUUUCUCACUCGACCCCUUACUUUAGACCCAACAAAAAGCUUAGAUUAUUCUUCUAAUAAUUCAUCUUCUUCUGUUGCUUCAGAUCAAAAUAACAAUAAUGCCUCAUUUUAUUGCCCUAUCUCUACGACCCCACCACCUCUUGUCACUGCUCUUAGUUUGAACUCUCGUCCUGAUUUUCUCUAUGACCCUCUUAUCAGACACAACAAGCAUAAUAAUUCUCAGUUACUACUUCAACAGCAACAACAUAACAUUGGUGUAUCGAAUGUUUCUCCUUGUUUCGUAAAUGCUUCACCGUGUGAUCAGAAUGUGGGUGUUCCUGCAUCUAGUUCUUUCACUUGUUUUGGAAAGAGAUUUGGUGAAGCACCUGAUAUUAGCCCCGGUGAAAGGAGAAAUAAGAGGAUGAUCAAGAAUCGGGAAUCUGCUGCACGGUCACGAGCUAGAAAACAGGCUUACACCAAUGAACUAGAGCAGAAAGUUCAAUUAUUGCAGGAAGAGAAUGCAAGACUUAGAAGACAGCAACAAGAGUUAUGGGAAGCAGAAAGUGGUGGUCAGCAAAAGAAAAAGAGUAGCUUAUAUCGAACAUCAUCCUUUUGAGAACAAAACAUGUAAUAUCUAACUAAUUAUGAACUAAACUAAUUAAUAAUGUUACCCUUGGAUUUGGAUGUAAGUGUAUUAUGACUGAAUUUGGUUGUGAAAUAUUAGUUAAGAUAUUUUCUUUUAUAGUAGAAGAUAAUGGUUAUGUUUUGAGGAAUACACAAACAAAGGACAGGGGAAUGUAUGAAAGAUGAAUGUGCUUUUGCCAUUACUAGAAGCAGGGGCCUCAAUGGGGAAACUUAUUUUGAUGGGUCUUUUUUGGUAUUAUUAUCGUCCUAGUUUGUUUUGACGUUUUGCAACUUUUAUUUUUGUUUGACAAAAUUAUCUUCAUGUGGAAAGUGAAGAGAGGAAAGGAUUAAAAGCGUGACCAAAAAGCAUAUACUAGUGUACAUAGCCAGAACCUAACAUUAUCAGUUUAGCAGGAGGGUUUUUGCAACCAAAGACACGACGUUUUGUUUUAUCUCUCUAGCCAUGACAAUGACUCAAUGAGUAG